CAUCGACGUCGACGGCGAUGGCGUCCCUCGCAGCAGCACUCCCGCAACCCAUCAACUCGGGCGUGGAGUCCGAUCACGAGGAGGAUUUCAGGCAGGCGUCAACAUCGACGACUAUCAUUACGCGGGCACCUAUUCCACCUUACGGACAGCGCAAGGGAUGGAGGCCUACGAGUCAGGCAGACUUCGGGGACGGCGGUGCGUACCCUGAAUGCCAUGUAGCGCAAUAUCCCCUGGACAUGGGCAAGAAGAAGACCGCCGCGGGAAACACUAUCGCCCUCCAAGUCGACAGCGAGGGCAAUGUCCGCUACGACGCCAUCGCCACCCAGGGUCAGCGCGAGGGCAAAACCGUGCAGUCCCAGUUCAAGGACCUUGUCCCCAUGCUGCACCGCCAAGAUCUCGACGACGAGGCGCGUGCCAUGGAGCGCCCCUCCGAGGACGAGGUCCAGGCGACGACCGACAAGACGCGCGCUGCGCUCGAGAAGCUCGUCAACGGCAAGAUCAAGGCCGCCCAGCCGAAGAACGUCGCUAGUGGCCAGGGCAAGACCUCUUACAUCCGCUAUACGCCCGGUCAGCAGAAUGGCGCGGCCGGCUUGAAGCAGCGCAUCAUUAAGAUGUCCGAGGUGGUGGAGGACCCGCUGGAGCCGCCGCGGUAUAAGCACAAGAAGAUUCCGAGGGGACCGCCGAGUCCGCCGCCACCGGUGCUGCGUAGCCCGCCGAGGAAGGCGACGGCGGCGGAGCAGAAGGAGUGGAUGAUACCACCAUGCAUCUCGAACUGGAAGAACAACAAGGGUUUCACGAUCCCGCUUGACAAGCGUCUCGCCGCCGAUGGUCGUGGAUUGCAAGAUGUCACAAUCAACGACAACUUUGCCAAAUUCUCCGAAGCCCUCUUCGUGGCCGACCGACACGCCCGUGAGGAGGUACGGCAGCGUGCCAUCAUGCAGCAAAAGCUUGCGGCAAAGGAGAAGGCCGCCAAGGAGGAAAACUUGCGCAUGAUGGCGCAGCGCGCCCGCGAAGAGCGCGGCGGCGCCCCGCGUGCUGCAGCCACCGCCCAGGCCACCGCUGCCGCCAAAGCCUCCCUCGGCGCCUACGGCAGCGACUCCGAGUCCGAGAGCGACCGCGAGUCCGCGGCGGAGGACAGCGGCGAGGACGAGGAGGCCGCGCGCAUCCGCGACGAGAUGCGCAAGGAGAAGCGCCGGGAGCGCGAGCGUGAGAUGCGUAUGAACAACAUGGGCGCGGAGCAGCGCGCAAAGAUGCUCGCACGCCAGCAGAACCGCGACAUCUCGGAGAAGGUCGCGCUCGGGAUCGCCAAGCCCACGCUCUCUAAGGAAUCCAUGCUCGACAGCCGGCUCUUCAACCAGGAGAGCUUGCCAGGAAGCUUCGGGGACGAGGAGAGCUACAGCUUGUACGAUAGACCGCUUUUCCAUGGGUCGACGGCCGCGGCGGCGAUCUACAAGGCGCGGGCGAAUAUUGGCGGGGAGGACGCGGAGCAGUUCGGCGGCGGGACGGAAGAGGGGAUUGGGAAGGCGCUGGAGGCGGACCGGUUCGGCCUGGGGCCGACGCGCGUGGGCUUCGAGGGCGCGAACGAGCAGGAGGUGAGGGAGGGGCCGGUGCAGUUCGAGAAGGACACGGGCGAUGUGUUCGGCUUGAACCAAUUCUUGGAUGAGGCAAAGACAGGGAAGAAGCGAGGGUUGGACACGGAGGCUGGUGGUGCGCGCAAGCGGCAGCAGCUCGAGCGUGCCAACGAGCGGGAGUAGAUAUUGACAUUUUUCCACCAACAGUCUUCAUCACUCCCCUCAUGCCCUUGUCAUUCCGACUAUGUAUGUAUCUCGCCUACUAUACGUAUAAUCACGACAUGUCUCCCGGACAGUGUUGCUCGCCCGGUGUCAUCUCUCGCCUUCACCGACGUUAGUGUGCGCCGCGCUGCCACCUGCGUACCAGAACUUGAUUGAGGCAUCUCGUGUCUUUGGCCCGACACCGACUGCCUUGCCACUUCCUACCCUCCGUGCAGUGGCUUGCGG